UACUAACUUCUUCAUUUGCCUCCCCAUUUUGUCUAAUAAAUAAAUCAUUAUAGACUUUCAAACUCAAAUUAACUUCAUAUCCAGUUUAAAUCUUGAAAACCCUAAACCCCCAAAAAUAAUUUGUUAUCAAAACCCAAAUUCAACUUUCUAUGUUUGAUCCAAUCUAAUUUGCAUGUCUAAUUUUGGUACAAUUUGGAGUGAAAGUUUGUUAAAGCAGUGAACCUUUUUGAUGGUUUUGAGAAACUGCACACCAAGUGUUUGAUAAAUUGUCUGAACCAAGUUUACAAUGCCAGAAAGCAGUGGGAAGUAUGAUGCGGCUGCAACUUCUGCUAUGUUGCGAAAUACGCCUUCGAAUAUAAGGAGAUUGAUUGGUGAGAUACAGCAGUUUGAAGGGAGGCAAAAGUAUCUUGCACAGACUAGAAGCCCAUCUGAUGGGGGUGAUGUUAGAUGGUACUUCUCUAAAACCCCUAUGAUGCAAAAUGAGUUAGCUGCUGCUCUCCCGCUCACAGAAGUAGUAGGGAAAGGUGAUUAUUUUCGAUUUGGUAUGAGGGAUUCUCUUGCUAUAGAGGCUUCAUUUUUGCAGCGAGAAGAGGAGUUGCUCUCCAACUGGUGGAGAGAGUAUGGUGAAUGUAGCGUUGGUCCAAAAGGGUCAGUUUCUUCACCUCUUAAGUCAGAUCCAUGGUCAUCACCUCCUGAAUUACCUGGCACUAAGUCAAGCAAAGUACAUGUAGAUGAGGAAGAGAGGGUUGGUGUCCCAGUGAAAGGAGGCUUGUAUGAGGUAGACUUAUUAAAAAGACAGAGUUUUCCUGUUUAUUGGAAUGGUGACAAUCGGCGGGUCCUUAGGGGCCAUUGGUUUGCUCGUAAAGGGAGUCUUGAUUGGCUUCCACUCCGCGAGGAUAUCGCUGAACAGCUGGAGUUUGCUUAUCACAGUCGGAUAUGGCACCGUAGAACAUUUCAACCAUCUGGAUUAUUUGCAGCCCGGGUUGAUAUGCAAGGGUCUAGCCCUGGGUUACAUGCUCUAUUUACGGGAGAGGAUGAUACUUGGGAUGCUUGGCUAAAUGUUCCUUCGCAUGGAUUUGCUGGCAUAGUUAAUAUUGGAGGGACUGCCAUCAAAGUAAGGCGUGGGUAUGCUCCAUCUCAGUCACCAAAGCCAACCCAGGAUGAGUUACGUCAGCAAAAAGAAGAAGAAAGGGACGAUUACUGCUCACUGGUCCCAGUUCGGCAUCUAGUAUUCAUGGUUCAUGGUAUCGGUCAAAGGUUGCAGAAAGCAAAUUUAGUUGAUGACGUUGGCACUUUCCGGCAACUUACAGAAAGCCUUGCCGAUCUGCACCUAACAUCUUAUCAACGUGGAACCCAAAGAGUUCUUUUCAUUCCAUGCCAGUGGAGGAGAGACUUAAAGCUCAGUGGUGAAUCUGCUGUAGAAAAAUGCACAUUACCUGGUGUGCGUGGGUUGCGAGUAACAUUGAGUGCAACUGUUCAUGAUGUGCUAUACUACAUGAGCCCAAUCUACUGCCAGGAUAUCAUUGACUCGGUAUCUAAUCAAUUGAACAGGUUGUAUAUGAAGUUUCUAAAGAGAAAUCCUGGUUAUGAUGGAAAGGUUUCCUUAUAUGGCCAUUCCUUAGGAAGUGUCCUCUCCUUUGACAUACUGUGUCACCAAGAGACUUUAUCUUCCCCAUUCCCAUUGGAAUGGAUGUACAAGGACCAAAACCACGAAAUUUCUCCUGAGUUUGAUUCGUCCUUAGACUCAUUGGAAAAAGAAUUAACAACAAAUAAACCGAGUAUGGACAUGGUAGCUUCUUCUACAAAGGACAUCACAAAUGCUUGCUCAGAAGCUAUACUCCCUGAAAUGCAAGCCAAAGAGCCUGGCUCUCCAUUAUCGGUCUCAGAUCAAAAUUUAUUGUUGGACUAUGAGAAACAAGAUAGUCCGCGGUCAGAAGUUGGAGUACAGUCUGGUGAUGAUUGUAAUGAAAGGAAAUCUCAGAAGAAUUUUGCUUUAGAUGAAAUCACUGGAACCAAUAGUGAUGUAUUAACAGGGAACUCAAAUCAAAUUGAUGAGGAAAUCAACAAGACCGAUGAAAACAUAGUUAUCAAAUCACUCAAGGAAGAGAUUGAUUCUUUGAAUGCUAGGAUUAAAGACUUAGAAUCACAUAGAGCUCGAGUAGAAAAUAAGCAGGAACCUUCAAUUGAAAGGAAUGAAAGUGUCAGCAAGAGUUCUCCACCUCCUGAAAAUGGCAAUCUGAAGAGUUACACUCCCUAUAUAAAGUACACCAAGUUGAUGUUUAAGGUUGAUACAUUCUUUGCUGCUGGGUCUCCUCUUGGUGUAUUUCUUGCCCUACGCAACAUCCGUAUUGGAAUUGGCAAAGGAAAAGAUUAUUGGAAUGAUGAAAAUAUAAUUGAAGAGAUGCCAUGUUGUCGGCAGAUGUUUAAUAUUUUUCAUCCUUACGAUCCAGUGGCAUACAGAGUAGAGCCACUUGUUUGUAAGGAAUACAUCGAUAAACGUCCGGUCAUUAUUCCUUAUCACAGAGGUGGAAAGAGGCUGCAUAUUGGAUACCAGGAAUUUGUAGAAAGAGUUGCAGCACGCUCUCAGGUGGUGGUUGAGCAAAUGAGCUUGGCAAAGGUUAAAGUACUAACAGUAUGUCAAUCGAGAGAUAGUGAUGAUCAUGAAGAAGCUUCAGAAGAGCCUGAAGAAAUUGAGAGAUCGUAUGGUGCGAUAAUGUUGGAGAGGUUAACAGGCAGUAAAGAUGGUCGAAUCGAUCAUGUGCUGCAAAAUAAGACAUUUGCGCAUCAAUACGUAUCAGCCGUUGGAGCACAUACAAAAUACUGGAGAGACCCUGAUACUGCACUAUUCAUAUUGAAGCACUUGUAUAAGGAUAUACCAAAGGACCCCAAAACUCCAAAUGAAGAGAACACUACAAAUCAAGAAAAUGAUGAUUGGGAAGAGUUGUUUGAUGACGAAGAGCUUCCUUUAACUUUUGCUAGUGAGGAAUUCUUGGCAGGGUUUUCAAUUCGAGCCAAAAAGCUCAUGAACCAGUGAAUUAUGCCGACUUUCAUCCUGAUCUGUAUAUAAUGUAAAUGCAGGAGCAGGAACUGUAAAAUUUUGCCGACGGUAAGAAUACAAUACGAGUUCUAGCCUAUGUAGAAUCCAGCAGGAAGCCGCAAAUAAAGAUAUACAUACACACAAAGAACGUUAGUUUGCUUCCCCCUAACCAGUAGAACCAUUUUAGAAAAGGAAGUAGGAAACCUUGUACUUUGUGUUCCAAAACUUGUCCAUAGAUGAAUGAUAGACCUAGAACACAGCCUGUGGAUACUUUAAUCUGAAAAACACUCGAGGUAUAUUGAUGUGCAAACAAACUGAUUUCCUCUUGUAAAUGAUUGAUCGUUUUUUCUUGUA